AUGAGCGCUAUCGCAUCGUACAGCUUUGGAAACUUUGCCUGGCUUGGAACCCAGGCACUGCCUCUUAUCCUCUGGCCUUCCUUUGUUGGAUCGCUUCUCCGAUCUGAGAGUGAUCCGUCUUCUCCUCUCGAGACCUACUUUGGUCGAUCGCUCGGUCUAGCCCUUCUUGCGCUGGGCCUUAUGGUGGUUGUCCUUUCAGGCGCUCUCCCUCUCGAUACUACUUCAAAGGAAGCUCCCGAUGGCGCACCCUCUCCCUAUGCCUCCGCCGCUGUCCUCGUAUCCACCAUUCACCACGUCUCGAGCGCAUUCUACUGCUAUGGUCGCUACGCCUGGACCGGCGAGACGGGUUUUCUACUUGGCUGCGCAGGAAGCACAAUCUUUGCGACUUUUGGAAUAUACUGCGCUUUGUUUGCUGGCGACAAAGCUAUGACGAGCCGGUAUCACAAGUUUGACCAGAGCACAAGCGGAUUCCCGUUCAAGAACUCACAGUCAUAUCGGGCCAAGAAGAAGGCUCUGUAG